AUGAUUUUCAGCUUUGCCGCGUUGUUGCCUUUGUCAGCCUGGGCUGACUCAGUUGAUCAGGCCAAGCGCAUACACGACCGAAUUGCUGGUGUACCGCCUGAUGCGGCCACAUUGGCUUCGAUGCGUGACGACAUUGACGGUGUCAACUCCAGAUCCGCACUUGAUGCGGCAUUGACCGCGACCGAAGAUCCUGAGUUCUACAGGGUUACACUUAAAAAUUUUGCCGCGCCAUGGACCAAUCGAGAUCGCAGCGUAUUUGUGCCGUUAGACGAUUACAUCGCCACAGUCAUCGGUAUGGUUCGUGACGACGUUGAUUUUCGCCAGGUGCUUUCUGGCGACAUUCUUUAUACAGGCAGCGGCAACGGUAUACCUGCUUAUUCCAAUAGUUCUAAUGCCCACUACGAGGCUUUAGAAAAUGCAGGUACAGACUUGCAAGCUAACCUUUUAGCCCGCACGCAAUCUGCAGUUACCGGACUGCCCUCCUCAGCAACAGCCGGAGUGAUCACCACGCGCUCCGCAGCCAAAGCGUUCUUCAUUGAUGGUACCAACAGAGCCAUGUUCCGCUUCACGAUGCUGAACCACCUUUGCCUGGAUAUGGAACAGUUACACGAUGUUUCCCGCGUACCUGAUCGCAUCCGACAAGACGUUUCACGCAGCCCCGGCGGAGACAGCCGAGUAUUCCUGAACAACUGUAUAGGUUGCCACGCCGGGAUGGACCCUCUUACCCAGGCACUCGCCUACUAUGAUUACGAAUACGAUGUUGUCAACGACCCGGAUGGCAACAGCGGCCAGAUUAACUACAACGACGCUGGCGAAAUUGAUCCGGUUACCGGCACGCGUGUUGAAGAAAAGUAUUUCAACAAUAAUCUUAAUUUCGAGCACGGUUACAUCACACCCGAUGACAGCUGGGACAACUACUGGCGCGAAGGCCAGAACAAGCUGCUGGGUUGGAACGAGAGUCUGCCGGGCAGCGGCGCCGGCGCUAAGAGCUUUGGCGAGGAGCUGUCCAACUCCCAGGCAUUCGCUCAAUGCCAGGCUUUCAAAUUAAACGUCUGGGACAACCUGGUAGCAAACAACCGUUGUGGCUCUUGUCAUACUGACGAUCAGACGCCGCGGUUUGUCCGAGCAGACGAUAUCAAUCUCGCCUAUUCGGAAGUAAACACCGUUGUUGACCUGACCGACCCAGGCAACUCCAGGCUGGUCACCAACGUGCGCGGCGGCCACAACUGCUGGCUCUCCAGUGAUGAUGCCUGUGGCGACAUCAUUGAGUCUUACCUGGAGAACUGGGCCGGCGACACGCUGGGCGGCGGCGGCAAGGAAGUCGAGCUCGAAGCACCUCCAUUACAAGACCCCGGUGAAAGCAAAAACUUUCCGGUAGACACCGCGUUGUUCGAAACUACAGUCUACCCACUACUGACCACUUAUUGCUCUGAUUGUCAUACCGAUACCGCAGCAGUACCGCAGAGUCCUUUCUUUGCCAGCGAAGAAGUAGAAAGUGCUUAUAACGCCGCUCAACCUCGAAUAGAUCUGGAAACACCAGAAAAUUCCCGUUUUGUGCUGCGUCUGGCUGAUGAAUUCCACAACUGUUGGGAUAACGAUUGCCAGUCCAGUGCAGCGGAAAUGGAAGAUGCCAUUAUCGCGUUCUCAGACGCCAUCACGCCUACCUUAGUCGAUCCAAGUCUUGUGACCUCUAAAGCCUUAACGUUAACAGACGGUAUUGUUGCAUCGUCUGGUGGCCGCUACGAGGCGAAUGUAAUUGCACUCUACGAGUUCAAGACCGGUACCGGCAAUACGGUAUUUGAUACCUCAGGUAUUGAACCAUCCCUGAACCUCACCCUCAGCGGAGAUUACAGCUGGGUUGGCGGUUGGGGUGUGCAGUUCACUGCAGGUAAAGCUCAGGGUUCAACCACAGCCAGCGCCAAGCUGCGUGAUCUGAUAACCGCAACCGGUGAAUACAGUAUCGAGGCCUGGGUCGCACCUGCAAAUGUAGUUCAGGAUGGCCCUGCCCGCAUUGUGACUUACUCCGGCGGUUCAACUUCGCGCAACCUGAUGUUAGGACAGACCCUUUACAACUACGACGCUUACAUCCGUACCGAUCAGACCGAUCCAAAUGGUGAGCCGGCGCUGUCAACUGCAAACGAUGACGAAGACCUGCAGGCAACCCUGCAACACGUUGUUGUCACCUACGAUCCUGUGAACGGCCGUCGAAUCUAUGUCAACGGCGUAUUCACAGACGAUGUUGAUCCGGUGCCCGGCGGGCUGUUGAACGACUGGGACGACACUUUUGCUUUUGCACUUGCCAGUGAAGUCGACAACGACAGCCGCUGGGCAGGUACAAUACGUCUGUUGGCUAUGCACAAUCGUGCCAUGACGCCUGAACAGAUUUUGCAGAACUUUGAAGUGGGUGUCGGUGAAAAGUACUUCCUGCUCUUCAACGUCAGCGACCACAUUGAUGUUAUGGAUGCUUAUGUUGUGUUCGAAGUCAGCCAGUUCGACUCCUAUGCUUACCUCUUCGAUGAGCCGUUUUUCAUCAUAUUAGACGGUGAAGCAACACCUGGAUCGAUCCCGAUGUCCGGUAUCCGUAUUGGCCUGAACGGACGGGAACUUCCUGUUGGGCAAGCUUUCGUCGCGGUUGAUACCACCAUCACAGAUGCACUUUACACACCCAAUGGCAGCCAGAGCCUGUCAAGCCUGGGCACCAUUGUGCCACUGGAGAAAGGUCCAACGCUGGAUGAGUUUUUCCUGACAUUCGAAGUCCUGGGCGAGGAAACCAAUGUCUAUGUCGAAGCUGAUCCCGCGCCGGCACCGCCUCCUGCCGUGUUGCCUCGUGACCCGGACGUAGGCAUCAGAGAUUUUGCUGAGAUUAACGCAACCAUGUCUAAGUUAACCGGUAUUCCGGUGGCGAACAGCGAAGUGGCGGCAACUUACGACCUGGUUCAUCAGGCCAUGCCUGUAGGCACCGGUGUCAGUGGCUUCAUCUCUUCACAGCAAAUGGGUAUUACACAGCUGGCAAUCAAAUACUGUGCAGUGUUGGUUGAUGAUGUGAACGCCCGCUCAAGCUAUUUCCCGGGUUUCCCAUUUGGUGCAUCCCAGAAUACCGCUUUCGACGAUCGCAGCCUGGUGAUAAACCCGCUGGUCGACAACAUGGUUGGCAACGGCAUCAGCACACAACCCGAUCUACCAGCCCUUGAAGGGGAAGUGAACAGCCUGAUCGACGGCCUGAUCGCCAGCAGCGUCAGCGUCAACAGUGAAAGAACCGAAAGCAUCGUUAAAGCGGCUUGCGGAUUCAUUAUGGGAACGGGCGCUGUAUUGGGCUCCUGUGCGGUUACGCUCAGCAACAAUGUUCAGGCGCAGCUGGCACCAGACCUGCUGCCGCUGAUCGCAGACUGUGGCAUUGCCACACAAGGCGCUGGGAAAAUCCCCUUUAUCGCCUUUGACCUGGCAGGUGGUUCAAACCAGGCGGGUUCAAACGUGCUGGUUGGACGCCAGGGUGGACAACUCGACUUCCUCAGUACCGCCGGCUAUGAGCGACAGGGUUUGCCUGGCGACAUGAUACCGCCAAUUUUGAACCCGGAUACACAGACCAACGAUUUCAUCGAUACAACCCUUGGCCUUGCCUUCCACUCCGAUAGUGCAUUUCUGCGCGGCAUGAUGACGCGCAUUUCUCCGGCAACGGCAGCAAAUAUCAACGGCGCGGUGAUUCCAGCGCGCUCUGAGAACGACACGGGCAACAAUCCGCAUAACCCGAUGUACGGAAUCGCGAACGCCGGUUCUGACGGUUCCCUCCUGACCUUGAUCGGAUCCGAAAACUCAGACUCGGGCGGCAACUCGCUGGCGCCGAUGUCGAUGAUCGAUUUGACCCGGCGACCCACAAAAGUGGAUCGCCCGUCCGAUGUUACCGGUCUGGUUGAUGUCGGCGACUUGACCGCUGUGCUCAGCCAGCAGGACGCUGUGGCGGUUAUGGAAUCUGUUUAUCGUAUCAGCGAUCAGAAAAUGCAGGCCAUCAAUACCGGCGGCGAUCCAGUCAUCCAUCCGGAAGACGUGGUUAAAGAUCUGGUCAAAUGUGGCUACCUGAAGAGUGCCGACCUGGCUGAUCGUUUUGGCGACCCAACUACUUUAGAUCCAGCGGGCGACCCGCUGAUUGUUGGCCCUCAAGGGAUCUUUACAGAUGCUGAAUUCAACGCCGGCGAUCGAACAGCCCGGGAAUUCCAGAAAACCGCCUCGGUAAUGAAGAUGGUUGUUAACGGCUUCGCCGGUGCCGGCACCAUUGAAAUGGGCGGUUACGAUUAUCAUGGUGGGCGCCGCGCUGAAGGCGAGGUCAAAGAUUUCCGUGCAGGCCAAUGUAUGGGAGCGUGCCUUGAAUACGCCGCUACCAUUGGUGUUCCGCUGAUGAUGUACGUCAUGUCCGAUGGCUCUUUGUCGUCCAACGGCACCAUCGACAAUACUGUCGACGGACGCGGCAAAGGUGAAUGGAGCAGUGACAAUCAACAGACUGCGGCUACCUUCUUCCUGGUUUAUAACCCCAACGGACGCCCAACGCUGCUGGGCGGUACACCUGAAGAACAGGCCACUCAUCAACAGAUCGGCUACAUGCGGCCGGAUGGUUCCGUCGAAACAUCGGGCACACCCGCUGCAAACAACGUGAAUCUGCUGGCAGAAACGGUGGUUCUGAAUUACAUGGCCUUGCAUGGUGAGAAUGGCCAGUUUGGUACUGCUCUGCCCAACAACGGCUUAGGUAAUUCGACACUUCAGGACAGCUUGACCGCGUUUGAACCUAUUGUGAACGGCACCAUCACGAACCCGGUAUAG